AUGGAAGUUGUUUGGAAAAAUAUCAAAUUUAAAUAUAUAUUUGCUUGCAUUUUAAUCACAUUUAUUAUUUCAUGCCUGAUAAGUAUUGCUCCUAUAAGUAUUGAUGAAUGUAAAUGUGAAAUUGCUACACAAUCAAGUCAAUACAACAACAAUAACCAGCAGAAUAAUGAUAAUAAAGUUUAUAAGAAAUCAUUACAUCAUUUAGCCAUACUUGUGCCAUUUCGAGAUCGUUUUGAAGAACUAUUGAUAUUUGCUCCUCAUAUGAAAAAAUUUUUGGAUAAACAAAAUAUAGAUUAUCAUAUAUUUGUACUUAAUCAGGUUGAUAGAUUUAGAUUUAAUCGAGCCUCUCUUAUAAAUGUAGGCUUUCUUGAAAUUGACAAAAAGUUUGAUUAUAUAGCUAUACAUGAUGUAGAUUUGUUGCCUAUAAAUGAUGAAUUAUUGUAUUCUUUCCCUAAUAAGGGUCCAUACCAUAUAUCUUCUCCAGAAUUACAUCCGAGAUAUCAUUAUCCAACUUUUGUUGGUGGAAUAUUACUUAUUAAGAGAGAACAUUUUAUGCAAGUAAAUGGAAUGUCUAAUAAAUAUUGGGGAUGGGGUCUUGAAGAUGAUGAAUUCUAUGUUCGAUUAAAAGAAGCUGGAUUAAGUGUUAUGAGACCACAAAAUGUAUCUACUGGAACGCAUAAUACAUUCAAGUACAAUUACAAUGACUAUUGGGGAUACUCCAUUAACAGUUCUUAAUAUUUCUUUAAUGUGUGAUAAAAUGAUUACACCUUGGUGUGAAUGUGAUAAAAUAGUUGGAUCCAAGGAUGGAAAAUCAAAGGAGAAAAAGAAAGUUAAUAAUAACAAGUCUGCUACUGGAUUGUAAUUAUUUUGACGAAAAUUAUGUUAAAAGAGAAAAAAAUACACACUCACACACAAAUAUACGUGUAGUCAAGUGUAUUUAUUAUUAUCAUUAUACUUUAUAUUAUUGAAAUGAACCAAAUGAUUAUUUACAAAUGACUAUUUAGUUAAUUCAAAAGCAAUAUCAUCGAUCACUAACUCCUGAUCUUAUUUUACAAAUUACUGAUGCUAGAUCACAAGUGAUUGAUAUGGCAUUGCCUUUAGAUUAACAAAUAAAAGAAUUAUCCUAUAUAAUUUCUCACAACUUAUAUUUAUAUUUUUAAUAUAUUGCUUAGAUAUUAACAAUGUUAUAUAAAAGUAUUAUAUUUUUACAUUUCUUUUAUACGAGAUAAUUAAUUUAUCGUAUUCUACUUUUUCUUUUUUGUUUAAAUAAUGUAAGUAAAUUCAUAUAUUCUUAAUGUUUUAUUGAUAAACAUUGGAGUGUUGUUGACAAUGAUGAAUUUCAGAAAACAUCAUAAUAAAUCUGUUUUUUCUAUUUUACUACUAAAAUAUAAAAUUUAUCAAUAAGAAGCAAAAAAUAUUGUAUAAUCCUUUAAGAUAGACCAUUAUGCAGAAAAUUAUUCAUGAGCAAUAAUUUAAUACUGCAGUUGAUUAGUGAAAAUGGUCUUUUAUAUUAUACAUAUAUAUUGUACAUAUAUUUACAUUUACAGUAAGAAUCAGAUUAUACUGUACAAUAAAUAUAAUUAUUAAGAAUAUAAUGUACAAUUACAGAAUUUUAUCUAAGAAAUUUUAUCUAAGUUCUUAAUAUUACAGUUCUAAAGAUGUAAAGAGAAGAAUAUAA